AGGAAAAGAUAAAGCAUUUGCCCUCAAAUUGAAGGCAAAUAAGAAAGAAGACUUUGAAACCCGGAACAACAGACGCCUCCGUGAAUUCUCUCUCUCGCUCCUCUCUCAAUAUUCACUGCUCUCCUCAGUGGAUAACGAGAAAGGUUGGAGAGAGAACCGCCGUAGUUAUGAGGGAUUCGUGUCAGGAUCUGUUCGACCCAAGCGCCACCGUCAUGGACUCCUCCUACAGCUCUUCCCCAAGCGCCAGCCGCGACCCCGAUUUCGGAUUCGCCUUCAACGACAGCAAUUUCUCCGACCGGAUCCUUCGAAUCGAGAUCGUCUCCGAUUCCGAUUCCGCCGAGGCCGAGCCUCAACCUGACGAUUGCAAAACCCUAGCUGAUUGGGCGCUGCGCAAGAGCAAACGGCGUCGUGGCGAUAUAGCCAAGAAGGAAAAUGACAUGUACCACUCGUUUGCAGCUUUGGAUAUCAACAAUUGCCCUGAAGAGCAGAUUUUAGAUGGUCAGCCAGAAGCUGAAGAUGGCAUGGGUGAUGAGAAUCAUGAUGAGGAAGAGAUUCCAAUGAUAGAAGAUUCUCCAUCAGGGGAUGAAGCUGUUAAUAGUGAUGACUCAAAUUGGUCUGAAGAUGGUUCAAAAGUUAUCAGAGUGAAAACUUUGCAUAUUAGCUCUCCUAUCUUAGCAGCCAAGAGUCCAUUUUUCUAUAAGUUGUUCUCAAAUGGUAUGAUGGAAUCAGAACAGAGGCACGUCACCCUAAGAAUUAAUGCCUCAGGUAUGUGAUCUAGUGCAUUAUGCAAAAAUGAAUAGCUACUUCUAGCACAUCAUUAUUGGUUGC